UUUACCAUCUCCAAACCAACAAAGAAGAAAUACCAUCCGUUUGUUUUUUUUAUUUACAAGAAACCAUGUCGGAGUAUGAGGGUGUUCAGAAAAGUGCCCUAAAACUUAAGGGCAUGGGAAGCAUUUCUUCUGGAAAAAAAAAAAAGAAGAAGGACAAGGAGAGCAAGCAUCGCAUGGAGCAGGUGGCGACCAGUCAGAACGACGACGAAGUGAAAGCCAAGCGGGCGUACAUUGACAAAAGGACGCCGGCACAAAUAGCCUUUGACAAGAUGCAAGAAAAAAGGCAAAUGGAAAGAAUUCUUAAUAAGGCCUCCAAGACGCACAAACAUCGAGUGGAGGACUUCAAUAGGCACUUGGACAACCUCACUGAACAUUAUGAUAUUCCAAAAGUCAGCUGGACCAAAUAAAUGGCGAAAAAUGUUUAUUUUUUUUCAUAUUUUGAAGGUUAUGUUAUGCCAGUCCGAUGUAUUUACAAAUAAAGUUGCUUACAAGUCGU